AUGACCCGCGAGGUCUCAGCUUCCCGGAACGUUUGUUCGGCGGAUCGAGUUCCGGACGGACAGAACGAGCGUCGGACCGCGCCGCGCUGGGGGACCGGGAGCGGACGGACCGCGGCGGGAGAGGGGCCGGCUGGGAGGCCGGCUGCCAUGUACGCGGGGCUGCAGGAGCUGGGGGUGGCCAACGGCGAGGAUCUCAAGGAAACGCUGACCAACUGCACGGAGCCGCUGAAGGCCAUCGAGCAGUUCCAGACAGAAAAUGGGGUCCUGCUGCCCUCGCUGCAGUCGGCCCUGCCCUUCCUGGACCUGCACGGCACCCCCCGGCUGGAGUUCCACCAGUCGGUGUUCGACGAGCUGAGGGAGAAACUGCUGGAGCGAAUCUCAGCCAUCGCCUUGGAGGGGAAGGUGGAGGAAAGGUACAAGAAGCUGGAAGAUCUCCUGGAGAAAAGCUUUUCCUUGGUCAAGAUGCCUUCCAUACAGCCUGUGGUAAUGUGUGUCAUGAAGCACUUGCCCAAGGUGCCUGAGAAGAAGCUGAAGUUAGUAAUGGCUGACAAGGAUUUGUAUAAAGCAUGUGCAGUGGAGGUGAAGCGCCAGAUUUGGCAGGAUAACCAGGCUCUGUUUGGUGAUGAAGUAUCUCCACUGCUGAAGCAAUAUAUCCUGGAGAAAGAAAACAUUCUCUUCAGCAACGAUAUUUCUGUCCUGCACAACUUCUUCAGUCCAUCUCCCAAAGCAAGACGUCAGGGAGAGGUGGUUCAGAAGCUGACUCAGAUGAUUGGGAAGAACGUGAAGCUCUACGACAUGGUGUUGCAGUUCUUGAGAACUUUGUUCCUCCGGACAAGGAAUGUGCAUUACUGCACGCUGCGGGCAGAGCUCCUGAUGUCACUGCAUGACCUGGAAAUCAGUGAAAUCUGCACUGUUGACCCUUGUCAUAAGUUCACGUGGUGCCUUGAUGCCUGCAUUCGGGAGAAGUUUGUGGACAACAAGAGAGCUCGGGAAUUGCAAGGCUUUCUGGAUGGAGUGAAGAAAGGACAAGAGCAAGUUUUGGGGGACUUGUCGAUGAUCUUGUGUGAUCCCUUUGCCAUUAACACCUUAGCCCUGAGCACCAUCAGGCACCUGCAGGACCUCGUUGGGCAGGACACCUUACCCAGGGAAAGCCCAGAUCUGCUGCUGCUCCUUAGGAUGCUGUCUUUAGGACAGGGAGCCUGGGACAUGAUUGACAGUCAAGUCUUCAAGGAACCAAAAAUGGAAGCCGAAUUGAUUACAAAGUUCUUGCCUAUGCUGAUGUCCUUUGUGGUGGAUGAUCACACGUUCAAUGUAGAUCAGAAGCUGCCCUCGGAGGAAAAGGGGCCGAUUCCCUACCCCAGCACCAUUCCUGAGGCUUUCACCAAAUUCUUGCAGGAGAACAGAAUAGCUUGUGAGAUUGGGCUGUACUAUAUCCUUCACAUAACAAAACAGAGAAACAAGAAUGCUUUCCUCAGGCUCCUGCCAGCACUAGUUGAGACGUUCAGUGACUUGGCCUUCAGUGAUAUAUUUCUGCAUCUGCUCACUGGUAACCUCACACUGCUGGGUGAUGAAUUUGCAGUUGAAGAGUUCUGCACCGGUCUCUUCGAUGGCUUCUUUCUCACUGCAUGCUCAAGAAAGGAGAAUGUACACAGACAUGUACUGAGAUUGCUGCUUCAUCUGCAUCACAAAGUGGCGCCUGCCAAAUUAGAGUCUCUCCAGAAGGCUUUGGAACCCACCAAACAGAGUGGGGAGGCUGUGAAGGAGCUUCAUAACCAGCUCACUGAGAAACUGGAGCUUCGCAAGCCCAGUCCUGCCGAAGUGACUGAGACUCCCUCCAUGGAGCUGCCCUUGCCCACCGUGCCCACACCAGCCUCACGCUGAGCUGUGUUUGCAUUGCAGGAGUGAGACAGCGAAACGGGCCUCGUGCUCAGCAGCCUGAGGGCGCUGUCCUGCCUUGUCAACGGCUGCCCGCAGGGUGGAAGCAAAGAAUAGCCACUCAAAAAGCUCUCUGGGGAAACGCUGCGGUUUACCCAACUGUCUCUUGCUGGUUAGAAAACUCUGUAUGCAGUGCAUUGCAGAGGUUUACUUUUCUUAAAGGUAGCUGAGUGAGUGUCUUGUAGAUCUACUUACAACUGACUGUACAAUUUUUUUUUUUUUUUUUUGAAAAAGAAAAGGCAUAUUUUUAA